UUUAUGCAUGCGACAAGAAAUCUCUUGUGUAAAUUCAUCAUUUCACGGAUAAUAACAAACCAUCACUACGCCCAUCGAUGGAGCAGACCCUCGGAGGGCCACAGUCGUACCGGGACCCCUGCUGGCAAGGGAAGACCCCGUACUGGAAGGGCUCGGGGUAUUACGUACCAUCAGAACGAGGCUGGCAGAUGUACCACGAGUACCGGGACGUCCCGCCCAAAGACAGAAUCAACGCCAUCUUGUUUGAGAAGCAAGCGUUUUUUCGCUCAGUCAUUCAGCAGCUUGGGGAUGACAAAGCCCCAGGGGGUGUUUUAUUUAAAAACCCUGCCCACGGGCGUCUGAGCACACCCCACGAGAAGCUAAUCCUGCAGAAGCCUGGGGGCUGGGACCACGUGUGGACGGGGGCAGGGCUUUACAUGCAGCAGAAUGACACGUGGAUUAAUGAUCAGAGCGGAGCUAAUGUACCCGCUGAAGCUUUACUCUUCAUCAACGAGGAGGACUGGAUUAAGUUUAAACACGCGCACAACAACCCAAGUUACAACAUCAUGCUAAAAACAAAAUCUAACAUGUGUUCAUUAGUUAUACAUAUCUCCAUUAUCUGUACAUGUACCUAAACCUCGAUGCACAUAGCCACUGCAAACAGAUGAUACACAAUCUUUAUAUCAUAAAUACCGUGGUAAUAACACACGCACAAAAUGCUGCUUUAAAAGCUGGUAUUGAACACUGUACUUGGUUAAUUUUAAAUACAAUAUCACAUUAACCUACAGUAUUAACCCAUAGAUUAGAACCAAACUAGAAUGAAAAUUGAUGGACUUAUCAUCAGGGUAAGAGAUG